AUUCACUUUUCUUACAAAACAUCAUCUUCUUCUCUCGUCAUAUUGUCUAAAACUCUCAACAAUGGGAAGAACACCUUGCUGCGACAAAAAUGGCCUCAAAAAGGGACCGUGGACGCCCGAAGAAGACGAGAAGCUCAGUCGAUACAUCCACGCUCACGGCGCCGGAAAUUGGAGAAAUCUUCCCAAAAAUGCUGGUUUACAAAGAUGUGGGAAGAGUUGUCGACUGCGAUGGACUAAUUACUUGAGGCCAGAUAUCAAAAGGGGAAGAUUUUCAUUUGAGGAAGAAGAAACCAUUAUCCAACUCCAUAGUGUUCUUGGCAACAAAUGGUCUGCCAUCGCGGCACGUCUGCCCGGGAGAACAGACAACGAGAUCAAGAACUACUGGAACACCCACAUCCGGAAGCGCCUGCUCCGGAUGGGGAUCGACCCAGUGACCCACGCCCCGCGCCUCGAUUUACUCGACCUCUCCUCGCUCCUCAGCUCGCCUCAGCUCAACCUCCUCCGCCUCCAAUCCCUCAUCAACCCGGAGGCGCUGAGGCUCGCCAUGACCCUAAUAUCAGCCAACGGCGCCGCCGCCGACCUGUCGAAUUCGGGGGCCCCACCUCUCCAACCUAAUCACUCUGACUAUAUCAUCGACCAACAAACCCCACCAAAUCACAAUUACAAUAACUCGUUUCACAAUCUGUCGCAAUCUCAGCAAAUGCUUCAAGAUAAUGUGAUGAUUCACACUGCAAAUGCCAGCGAUAUGUCGAGUUUUGGAUACCAAGUUUCGGAAAAUUCGAGUUUUCAAUCGAUGAACGGAAGCAGCAGCAGUGGAAACAGCAGCCAGAAUUUUAGCAGCCCUCCAACGGUGGAAGAUGAGAGGGAAAGUUUCUGCAGUAAUUUGAUGAAGUUUGAGAUUUCUGAGGGGUGGGAUUUGGAUGAUUUGUUGGAGAUUUGAUUCCAUUUGUAUUUUACUUGUAUUUAAAUUCACUUGU